UGGCCAAUCAGCGCAGAGUUCCACGGACUCUUGUAAAGAUGGCGACGGUGAGCAACAGAGGAGUGAAAGCUGGACGCGUUACCGUUAUCAAACAUCGCUGGUUCCGACAGCGUACGAAUUGAGACAGCAGCUGGAUCGAGAGUCGAUCGACCGACGUGUCGGCAGCAGUGAGCUGUUCGGUUCUGCGUGCUGUCUUCGCGGGGCCCGGUUGCUUUUGUUUUUGUCGGUAAGACUGUCGUUGCCUCGGAUAGCUCAUUAGCUUCAACUUGGAGAGCGAAAGGCUAGCUGCGGGCUAGCCGUGUAGCUCCAUCGGCUGCCGGGGAGCUCUCUGUGCGGCAUCCAUGGAUUGAUAGUCCGAGCAGCGUGAACACAGGACUGCAUGUGUAUAUGUGAAGUUUUGAUUCAGUACAGAAACAACACCCAUGACUCGUGUGGAUUAACAAUAAAACAAAACACUUCGGGUGGGGGGGGAAAUACAGACGAUCUGGCAUUGCGACACUGCUUGUUGCGCCGAGGCGGAGUGAGUUUUUGCCGUCAUGUAUUUUCUCACCGGCUGGCCCCGGAGGCUGCUUUCUCCGCUGAAGAGUGAAGAGGAGCCGUUCCACAUCCAGCCCAGCUCCCAGAGGUUUUACUUCGCCGUGCUGUCGGAGACGCAGCUCAGCGUCUGGUUCAGUCGGCCCAGUGUUUUGAUAGUCAGCUAUAUCGAGUCUGCAAAAGCGGCUGCCCAGUUUGGUUUCUACCAGAAGGCAGAAUGGAAACCAGACGACUCUAUGAUCGCUGUGGCGUCUGCCAAAGGCUACAUCCUCUUGUUUGAUGUGCUGGGUGGAGGGGAUGGCAAAUCCCUCUAUGAGCCUGUCUAUCCGAGAGGCAGUCCUCGUGUGAGGGUUACCCCGGGUUACAAGGAGGAGCAAUGUGCCCCCGCUUUGUCUUUAGAGAUGAAGAAGCCUGUGGAUCUGGAGGCCCCUAUCACCAGUCUGCAGUCCCUUCAGGAGGACUUGUUGGUCUGUACUGCAGAUGGCUAUCUCCAUGUGCUGCACUGGGACGGGCUGGGCAGCAACGGACGCAAGGCCAUCUGCCUCACCACAAUCCCCUUCUCGCUAGACCUGCAUUCUGCUCGAGGCGGUCCCUCUCUAGUACUGGAAGGAGUGCAUAUCCAUUGUAUGGAGUAUUGUGUAACCCUAGACGGCUUUGCUGUGGUGCUGAAUGAUGGACGCCUGGGCUUUAUCACACCACUGAGCAACACCAUCACCGCAGAUCCGCUGCAGGGCGUCUGGGCAGGAGAUGUGAAUGAUGGCACCUGUGUGGCCGUCAACAACAAGUACAGACUGAUGGCCUUUGGAUGUGCCAGCGGCUCAGUGCUGGUGUACAUGAUAGACACCACGACAGGAUCCAUGCAGCUCUCCCACAAACUGGAGCUAACCCCAAAACACUACCCAGACAUCUACAACAAGACAGGCCCAGUCAAGAUGAUCCGCUGGUCACCUGACUACAGCGUUGCCAUGGUUACAUGGGAGUGUGGCGGCCUAUCGCUGUGGAGUGUCUUUGGAGCUCACCUCAUCUGUACUCUGGGAGAGGACUUUGCGUAUCGUUCUGAUGGUACCAAGAAGGAACCUAUUAAAAUCAGCUCUAUGAGCUGGGGAGCAGAGGGCUACCACCUCUGGGUGAUCCCUGACAAACAGGAGAGGAGAAGGCAGGAGGAGCAGCAGCAGCAGCAGCAGCAGGAGAAGGAGGAGCAGGAGGAAAUGGCCCCACCUCCUCACCCCUCCAUGCAGGCUGGCAUACUUCAGUUCCACUUCAUCAAGAGUGCCCUGACAGUUAACCCCUGCACGAGUAACCAGGAGCAGGUGUUGCUCCAUGGUGAAGACCGCCUCUACAUGACCUGCGGUGACCCCUCGCAGGUCAACAGCACCUCUGACUCACACCCGCACACACACUUGCACCCACAAGAUGGCAGCCCGCCGCACAAUCCUCCCAACCCCGACUCCUCUCUCUCUCAGGGACUCAGCACUUUACUGGGACACAAGCACUGGCACGUGGUCCAGAUUCACAGCACAUACCUAGAGAGCAACUGGCCUAUACGGUUUGCAGCCAUAGACACAGCAGGCCAGUGCAUGGCUGUAGCAGGGAGGCGGGGCUUUGCACACUACUCCUUAUACACAAGGAAAUGGAAGCUGUUUGGAAACAUCACUCAGGAGCAGAACAUGACGGUGACGGGCGGUCUGGCUUGGUGGAAGGACUUUGUGGUGGUUGCCUGUUACAAUCUUACUGACCAGCAAGAGCAGUUGAGGCUCUAUCAACGCUCAUCCAACCUGGACAAUGCCUUUGCGUCUGUCACUAAGCUGCACUCAGACACUCUGUUGCUCAACGUCUUCAGAGAUAUGGUGAUCCUGUUCAGAGCCGACUGCUCCAUCUGCCUCUAUAGCAUAGAGAGGAGGAACGACAGUCCACACCCUACAGCCAGCGUGGAGUUGUUGCAGGAGGUGUCAAUGUCUCGCUACAUCCCUCAUCCGGCCCUCGUGGUGUCCGUCACACUCACCUCUGUGCACACAGAGACUGGCAUCACAUUGAAAGCCCCGCAGCAGGCCUGUAUGGCAGAGAGCAUCAUGUUGAAUCUGGCUGGCCAGUUGAUCAUGCUGCAGAGGGACCGUUCAGGACCGCAGGUACGAGAGAAGGAGACGCCCACCAACAACAAGAAGCUGCUACCAUUUUGUCCCCCGGUGGUGCUGGCCCAGUGUGUGGAGAACGUGUGGACAACCUCUCGCUCCAACAGGAAGAAGCGCCACCUGCUGGAGGCCCUGUGGUUGUCCUGCGGUGAGGCUGGCAUGAAAGUCUGGCUGCCUCUGUUUCCCCGAGACCAUCGCAAGCCCCACUCCUUCCUGUCCAGGCGCAUCAUGCUGCCCUUCCACAUCAACAUCUACCCUCUGGCUGUGCUGUUCGAGGAUGCCCUGGUACUCGGGGCAACCAAUGAGACGGUGCUCUAUGAUGGGCUGCAGGGAUCCUCGGAGCCACUGGAAGCGCUGUUCCCCUACUGCACUGUGGAGAGGACCUCCCAAAUCUACCUCCAUCACAUCCUGCGGCAGCUGCUGGUUCGCAACUUGGGUGAACAGGCUUUGAUGCUGGCUCAGUCAUGUGCCUCCCUCCCCUACUUCCCCCAUGUCAUGGAGCUGAUGGUGCAUGUCGUGCUGGAAGAAGAAGCAACAUCGCGGGAGCCCAUCCCCGACCCUCUGCUGCCCACCGUGGCCAAGUUCAUCACAGAGUUCCCCCUCUUCCUCCAGACCAUCGUUCACUGUGCCAGGAAGACAGAGUACGCCCUGUGGAACUACCUGUUUGCCGCUGUGGGAAACCCCAAAGAUCUGUUUGAGGAGUGUCUGAUGGCUCAAGACCUGGACACAGCAGCCUCGUAUCUAAUUAUACUGCAGAACAUGGAGGUUCCAGCAGUGAGCAGACAACACGCCACUCUGCUUUUCAACACAGCCCUUGAGCAAGGCAAGUGGGACCUCUGCAGGAACAUGAUCCGAUUCCUCAAAGCCAUCGGCUCUGGAGAGAUGGAGACUCCGCCCCCAACACCCACCACUCAGGAACCCAGCUCAACUGGCGGUUUUGAGUUCUUCAGAAACCGCAGCAUCAGUUUAUCACAGUCAGCAGACGCCAUCGCUACGGGCAAGUUCAACUUGCAGAAGACCUUCAGUAUGCCUUCUGGACCCUCUGUUAAAGGUCGGGAGGUGGAGUGUGCAGAGAACAUGUACAUCGACAUGAUGCUCUGGCGCCACGCCCGCCACCUCCUGGAGCAGGUACGCCUUCGCGACCUCGGUUGCUUCUCUGCACAGCUGGGCUUCGAACUCAUCGGCUGGUUGUGUCGCGAACGAAACCGGGUGGCUCGCGUUGAGGAUUUCGUUUCUGCGUUGAAGAGACUCCAUAAAGAUUUUCUCUGGCCUUUCCCUGUUAUUCCUGGAGGAAGCAUCAGCUCGCCUCUGAAGAACGGACAGUGUCGCACAGUGCUGAGCACGCGUCUGUUGAAGUCGCAGUCGGCUGACAGCCUGUUGAACAGCGACAUGGACACAGCGCCCCCUCAGGCAGCUUCCUCCAACCACACCUGGCUGGACGGGCUCGGGCAGAGGCCCAAAGACAUGGACACGGCCUCGUCCGCUCAUUCCAACCAGCACUCACCACAGACGCACGACGCUUUCCUGUCUCUGCUCACCAACAAAGUGGAAGAGUACAGUGUCGGCUCGGCCACAGACUUGACGGAGACCAGCUCGGUGGUGGAUGGUGAUUGGACGAUGGUGGAUGAGAACUCCUCCACUCUGAGCCUGAGCCAGGCCGAGUUGGAGCACAUCUCCAUGGAGCUGGCCAACAAAGGCCCGCACAAGUCACAGGUGCAGCUCAGGUAUCUCCUUCAUGUGUUCAAGGAGGCAGGCUGUCUGGAGUGGUGUGUAGUGAUUGGUUUGAUCCUUCGGGACGCCAACGUCAUAAAGCAGGUGAUCGGCUUCCUGGACAGCCCCGAGGUUCCCCCAGAAACUGUGCAGAGUGUCCGAAACGGCUUAUUGGCUGUGGACUCAUGGGUCUCCACUGACUGCCUCGGAUACAAACCCUUUCUCAACCUGAUCCAGCCACAGCUACAGGAUCUGAUGGACUCAGCGGCUGAGCAGGUGCAGCCUGAGGCCUUCCAACCCAGCAGCCAGAGCUCCAAGCUAGGCGGCUCUGAAGGGCUGGGAGGUGCUGCGGUACCACGGGCGGAGGACAGUAGAGGAGUUACCGCUCCGCUGGGCCUGGCCCUGCCCUCCCUGGAACCCGCCGGAAGUUUUCCCCGUCCCCCCUCUGAGGAUUGUCCUCCUGAACAGACAGAGGAGCAGGGGGAGGAGGAGGGCGCCUAUGACUGCACCUUGUCCUGAAGCUUUGCGCCUCCUCUGGACUAAAACCUUUGAACUCGAGGGAAGAGAGGAGGAGGCAGUAGCCGUGGCUGACCCAAAAUAUACCUUAUGUUUUGUGUUUGCUUGUGUGUGCGUGAGUGUGUGUGUGUGUGUGUGUGUGUGUGUGUGUGUGUGUGUGCACAUAGAAAGUACCUCUCCUGCAGGUUCUUACAUCAGUCAGUAUUAUCCACUCUUCAGAUUUGCCCCUUGUUUUGAGUAGAACCCCUGUUGAUUCGAGCUCCCAACAGAGUGACGGACCAAAAGACACACACAACCAGUGACGGGAUCCAGUCUGAUGGUUCUUCUCUAACAGGCCACCUUAUCAGUUUGUUUGGUUAUACAUCAUGUUGUGGUGUUUGGAAGCUGUAGACCAGCACAGGAGAGCACCAGGCUUUUAUUUUUGUUUUAUUCCGAGACAGAUGUUUGUUUGUGCGUAACUUUUUGUUUGGCACUCAUUCAAGUGCACCUGGAGACUUUGGAAUGAUUUUUUUUUCUCUCUGUCCAGACAAAAAACCUCAGUUGUUUUCUUUGGUUUAAUGCAAACGGUGUAAGAAUCAGUUCAAAGACAACAACAAAAAAACUGUAUUUGCAUCAGCCUCAUGCUACAUUGCUAAGCAAAGUGUAGAACAAAGUUCUAGUCAUGAACCAUUAACAAGAUGCUCUCAAGUGUGUCGGAGCCUACAGUGCAGUGUGCAGUUCUGUUUGUGUGCACAAAGAGGUGUUUCAUACUUUCGUACCUCAUAUGAUUUCAAAAUAUUUUGUGAUACCUUUUUUCAAUAAUGUAACAGUGUACAAGAUAACAUUAUUUUUCUAUCAAUUACACCUUGUCCCCCGUCGAGUCUCCAUGUUGAAACAAAUGGUAUGAAUUCUAUGUAAUUCUUGAGAAGUGACGACCUUAAGAUUUCUAAGAAAAUGAUCUCUGAGAAGAAUCCACUGUUGUGAGUGCAGACUAGUUUCUUACCACUGAUCAAAAGCACCUCUGUUCAUGUUUUUUCUCUUUUUUUCGUGCACCGACACCCCCGCUUGGCUGGAAGGGGAGUCUGAGCCAGAAUCGGCCCCUCUGAUCUUCUUCAUGCGGUCCAGAUUUUAGACAACAAGCAGAUCAGUGUUGAGCCUUUUCCCUGGUGGAGCAGAUUUAAGGCCGUACUGUAGUGCAGUGAAGGCGCUAUAAAAACCAAAUCAUAUGAUGCUUUAUCCAGCUUUUAAACUCACAUUUUGGUUUCGGUCUCCGUCCGGGAGAUACGAAAUGUGAUUCCUAUCAUCAGCUUUGCAAGUUGUUAUUAUCGUGUUAUUAAAGCCAUCCUAUUUAGUAGAUUCUGUACCUAUCCCUCGUUGAAAGAGCAUCAUUUGAUCUCCUCCUCAGUAGUGUAAACACUGAUAGGUCGGUAUCAUUUUUAAAGUGAGGAUGAGGUUGAUUUAGUCCUAGCUUUGGCUGUGUAAUGGAAGAGUUGUCGUGUGAAUUGACCCUUGUCAUCUGAUGAGUGUUUUUAUUUAAUCCAGCCCAAUAUGCAUAUCACAUGCCUGAACUGCUUGUGGCAACGAUUACCAAUCUAUGUGCAACUGUGUGGAAAUCUGAAUAUGUACCACACCGUAUUGAAAACUUGUUGACAUGUUUGGUGACUUUCAUCACAUGCAAAUUGAUUUUAUAGUAUUAGUCCUCAUUAUUAUUACUAUAAUUUAUUGGCAUCAUAGCUGAGUGGUAAUCACUGAACUGAUUCUCGGUUUGGUUUGUAUGACUGAUAACAAACGUUUCCCCCUUUAGUUAAUCAAAGUCCUGUAUUGGCUCUCUACUGCAAGCACUAAAAAGUUCACAGUCAGUAUUAUAUUGUGCAAUGUAUUGAAAUGUUACUCAGCUUUAUUCCUUAUGUUCACUAUUUUUCCCCAGCUGUUUGCAUUUUACUUUUUAUAAUAGACCAAAUCAUAUAUUAUAGAUACUUUUUUUGCUCUCUUGUCGGUGUGUACAAGACGAGUCGGGUGUGGUAUCUGCUGAAGUUUGGAUUCUUCAGCGGUUUCUGUUUUACGAAUUGCCUGUAUUGUUAGAACACUUACUAUUUACUAAAAGGGCAAAACGAUGUAUUGUCAUCACUCAACAUAAAUCCUGUUGUUCCACUCUGAACAAGCCUACAGCCACACUACGCUGCUCCGCUGUAAGCUUUAUUUGACUUGAAAAAGGUAACAUGACGAACCAAAGACUUUACGUCCAGAGGCCUUCUGUUUUAACCGCUUGCUUCAAUUGAGCGCUUGACUUAUUAUGCAGAGGGGGGAAGAAACAAACGCACUCCCUCACCCCAUCCCUCUCAUCAGAAACAUAACCAUUGAUGCUCAAAACUAGUGCUGACGGAAUACAAGACAAUUUCCUACGGAAAUGAAUAUUGCAGAUUUUUCGGGGGGUUUCCUUCUCUAUUGCGUGGAGCGGUUGGUCGGCCGUGUCUUGUGGUACUCGGGUGUGUCACUUACUCAGAGGUGACCGACGCUCCCUCCCUCCUGUGUACAGUUCAAAAGUUUCGCCUGUUUCCGGAGAAAAGUUUUAUUCCUGAUGUGGCAGCAGAGAACUUUCUCAAUGCAGUGUAAAGAUACUCUCUUGUACAUUUGCCUUUUCUACUCAUGGUUGGUUUUUCUACUUCAUUUUUUUCCCUUGUACAUAAAGACCAAUAAAUUAUUUUUUAAA